AUGAGUGCAGUCCAAGUUGUCUCUCCGGCCGAAUAUCGCGCUGCACGACUCUCCCUCUUGGAGAAAGAGAAGGAAGCCACGCGUGCCCUUGACGCCCUUGCUGCUGAGCGACGUCAGCUUCCGAUUGUGGAAGUAACUAAGUCGUAUAGCUUCAGUAUUAUCUGCCCAAAGGACGGGCAGAGGCAUGAUAUCGGCCUUUCCGACCUCUUCUUCGGUCGCCGCCAGCUGAUUAUCUAUCAUUUUAUGUUCGACCCUUCUUGGGAAGCGGGCUGUUCUGGUUGCACCCUCAUGGGUGACUCAUUUCCUCCGCUGGAGCACCUUCAUUCGCGCUCCACCAGUGUCGUAGCGGUGUCUCGCGCCCCGAUUGAGAAGAUUGAGAAGUACAAGAAGCGCAUGGGCUGGACCUUCCCCUGGGUUUCGUCCUACGGUAGUGAUUUUAAUUACGACAUGCAUACCACGCAGGAUGAGGCCAUCCGCCCAGUUGAGUACAACUACAAGGCUAAGGACGAACUUCCUGACUUCCUCACCAAGGGGGAACAGCCAGGAAGCAGUGUGUUCUACAGGGGCGACGGCAAAAUCGGUGAAGUGGGAAAGAUCUACCAUACAUAUUCAACGUACGCACGUGGUGGGGAGCAUUUGAUUAAUACAUUUGGUUGGUUGGACAUGACACCUCUGGGAAGGCAGGAUGGAGAGAGUGGACACCCUGGUCUUGGGUUUCUUCGCAAGGAUGAAUACUCUCAGGAGGAACUAAAAGGUCUUCACUAA